AUGCACGACGGAGGAGUCAAAAAGACGUGGAUAUUUCACCGAGACAAGGCUUUGAGUGUCACCCUCCAGGCAGAUCAGUGGCUGAGAAUGGAUGCCUUUCUCGAAGUUCCUGCUGGACUCACUAAGGAAUCUGCUGAACAGCUGCGAGCAGCCGUGGUCAUGGCUCCCGAGAGAGCCGACUACAGAGACAGAUGGUACUUCAAAGACGCAUGUCCAUCUAUGCGUCUUGCAAAGCAGCAGUUUAGGGAAGACGGCUUACUGCUACCUUUUGGUCACUCGCGUGUCGAGUUUAAUGUGCCAAAUCC